UUUGCUUAUUUUAGUUGCAGUUUGAGUCUAAUGUCUCCUUGGGGUGCUUAAAAACAUCAUUGGCACUGCUGUUAUGAGACAGGUCAACGCCCUGCCUAUUGCUAGCCAGAGCGCUGAUGGGUCAUCAUGGACUUGGAAACAUGUUGCUUUGGGGGCAGCAGGUGUUGUACUUGUCGGCGUUAGUUCAUAUGGCAUCUAUUCCUACUUUAUCAAGCCAGAUGGAACCGUGUCAAAGGGGAAGAAGGGAAGAGGUGGAAAGUCAAGUACUCCCAAAAACCUCACUGAAGUAAAUUCAGAUAUCUCAACAACUAAAACAGCGUUAGAGAGUGCAGUUGAGGCUAAAAUGAGGGGCAACAAGUACUUCAAGGGCAAGAUGUACUCCAAGGCAGUCGAGUGCUACCAGGAGGCACUCGCCCUAUCGGGUGCAGAGAGCAGUCUCAAAGGAGGAGACACCACGCAAGGUGGUGACCUGGGAGGAGGAGAGAAAUUGGCAAGUGCUGAAAGGGCGACUUUUUACCAUAAUCUGGCAGCCGCAUAUGAGAAAAUGGAGAAGCCGGAAGACGUUGUUCGUGAAUGCUCCAACUGCCUCAAAAUCAGUCCCAAAUACAUCAAAGCCUUGUCGAAGAGAGCAAAAGCCUACAAGUCGUUAGGCGAACUAGAAUAUGCAAUCCAAGAUAUAACAGCGGCUGCUUUAUUAGAAGAUUUAGCAAACGCGGAAAACAUGCAGCUAUCAGAAGUUAUUACGAAAGAAUUGUCAGAGAAGAAAGCGAAAGAGAAGUAUGCAUCAAAAACAUCGAGACCGAGUCCUUCUAAACAUUUUGUGAAUGGAUAUUUCGACAGCUUCACUUUUAAUAUUUUCGAUUGCGAAACACCUUCAGAAGACGCAGACACUUCAAAGGGUUUCCUGAAAGCGAAGAAGUUGUUCGAAGAGGGAGAUGACUUCGAAGGUGUGGAGAGUGCGUGUAGUUAUGAAAUUGACAGGGUGGGGGAAGAGUCGCCUUUUUAUAUUAAUGCGUUGCUAGUCCGAGGAACAUUCCGAUUAUUGUCAGGUGCUGCCAAACUGGCCUUAGAAGACCUCGAGAAGGUAGUGAACAGUCCGAAGUCUUCUGCACUCCAGAAGUCGAAUGCUCUGAUCAAGAGAGGCAGUCUACACAUGCAGAACCAGGAGAACUUCAGAGCCAUGGCCGACUUCGAACAGAGUGUGGAAGUGGCUGAUGAAAGUGUAGAUGCCCAUCAUCACAGGGGACAGCUGUUCCUGUUGAUGGAGGACAAUGAGCGAUGCAUUGAUGAGUUUAACAAGUGCAUCAAACUAGACCCCUCCUUUGAUCAACCUGCCAUCCAGCUGUGCUAUGCAAACUACAAAGUGGCAGCCACCCAGAGGGAUCUCAUCAAAGCCAACAGGGCUUUGGAGGAGUUCAAAGAUAUUUUGAAGAAGUUUCCCAAAUCGUCAGAUGGUCACGCAAUGUAUGCUCAGGCCUUAGCAGAUGCAGGUCAGCCUACAGAGUCACUAGCCAUGUUCGACAAGGCCAUUGCAUUGUGUCCAGAGAACGCCGCCAACUAUGUCCAUAAGGGCAUGUUACUGCUGCAACUGAAAGGCGACUACAACGCAGCCAUCGAUCUCAUCAAGCAGUCGAUAGAGAAAGACCCCAGAAGUGACUUCGCCUAUGAGAUGAUGGGCAACAUUGAGAUCAAGAGAGGAGAUUACUCGGCUGCUGCCAAGGCCUUUGAAAAGUCCGUUGACAACGCUAGAUUUGAGGUUGAGAUGGAACGAAUGUAUUUUCUCUACCUGUCAGCUAGUUCCUGGAAGUAUGUCAAGGAUAAUUACGGAAUAGACGUCUCCACGAUCAUCGGAAAAGCCAUGCAAUAAAAUGGAAAGCAGUAGACAAGUCAUUAUAGUCCAAUCAGAAAUUAAAGUACUCAAGUGGAAUAUAAACUGUAAAAACAGGCACAGUUAAUAUUUCAGAGCAAUAGGAACAGGUUAUUAUUGGAUUUUACUAACGCAGAAGAAAAUAAAAAAUAAUCAAAAGCAGAAAGAGCUGCGAAACACUUUUUUGUACACUUGCUUAACUGUAUUGAAAGGAAAAGCUUAUUGUUAAAAGAACUGGCUUUCGAUGUGAAUCCUGUUGUUCAAUUUUGCCUGACUCACUUUUUCACAUUUUUUCAUGGUAUUUACUAAAACUUCCGAAAUCUGAUCUCAAGUUUUUGAUAAGUUUUUCUUAAAUACCAUGCUCGAAAAUAGAUUCCAAUGUUUGCUGUAAAUUAUAAAUGAAACAUUAUGAUUGAUUGUACAAAACUGAGUUUUGACACUGUUUUUGUUUGCAUUUGAAUACAUCAGAUAUGUUAAUAUGUCGCCUAAUUAUGUAAU